GUUCAUCUCUUCAUUAUCUGAAAAUUAGUGAAACUAAAACCCUUUAGCUGCGUUCUGAUGAACACAGAUUUGGCUCAUUCCUCAGGGAUUUGAGAUUUAUCCUUCAUUUUUAUCACAUUUUAUCCUUCCUGAUUGUUAAAUUUGUUGUGUUAUCACAACAAUUGGCAUCAGAGCCGUUUCUGUCCACUCAAAAAUUCCAUCCAAUUUUUUUUUCUACUAUGUCUCUCAAAGAUGUUAACGAGAAGAUUGAUAUGAACACAACAGAAAUCACUAAAUUACAAACUGAUGUUUCUGCGUUAUCAUCAGAUCUAUCUUCUAAGUUCGAUUUACUCAUGAAGAAAUUGGAUCAAUAUCACAACAAUCAACACAGUUCAAAUAAAGAAGGUGGUUCUAACACAGUAUUAUCGGCAGAUUUAACAAACAAUGAAAGUUCCGAAGGAUUUUCAUCGAGUGUUAAUCAAAGGGAUGAUACCCUAAUUGCUCCAUCUAUUGAUGAUGAAAAAUCCGCUACGAAGUCAGUAGUAGUAGAUUCAAUUCCUUCCGCUGUCAUUGAAGUGGGUAAUUUUUCAUAUGUGGAGUUGCUUAUUUUUGAUGUCGAUGAAAUCGAUGAUUCUCUCGAGGUGGACUUGAUUCCACCAUUUUUCUUUGUUGAAGAAGAAGACAUAGAUCCACUUAAUGGUGUGCGUUUACAACUUGAAAAUGUGGAAUGUUUGAACGAUUUGUUCUUUCUGCACAACAAAAUUCUAGGGACAAUCACCCUAGUGCUGGAGCUCCAUUUUUCACUCAAGCAUCUGUUAUUGGUGGGGCUUGGUAUCUCAAGCAAGGGCAGAUUAUACAUGCACCAGAAUUUUUUUAAGGAGGUUGAGAACUCAGCUCCUUCUCAUGGGAAUUCAAAUUCUUCAAGGGUGGUUGUCUGUGGUGUACUUACAGUCGGAAUUCGGUUUAUUCCUUAGGGGUUUCUGGAGUGCAAUAAUGGGUACAAAUGACAUUCUUUCGCAGCUUCAACUUAGUUUCCCCACUGCUAUCAAGGUCCUUCGUGAUGAAUUAUGGAAGAGUAGUGAAUUCUUGCAGCUUGUGAGAAGAUUGAACACUCAGGUCUUACUCAUGGUACUUCAGGUUCUAAAUGUGUGGUUGUUCAUUGAAGGCCUGAGGUGGACAUUCAAGUUGUUUUCAACUAGUUUAUGGAGUGGGAGAAGUAUUGAUGUGAUAGUUCAUUUCUCAACUUAUGCCACUGCUACAACUCAAUUUUAUUUUUCCAGAAUCAGGUUCUUUUUUCUCUCUCUUUUGCUUCUACAUGAAGUCUAUGACAGACUUUUAAUUCUUACGGGGAUUGUGCAGAAAUAUUUACAUUCCAGUUUGAUUUAUUUGCGUACAUUUUACUGGGAUUGACUUCUUACUUCAUGUUACAACCAAUUGCUGUGGGGAUACAAAUGCAAUUCCACUCAAUAUCCUCAUUGGUGUUACACGUAUAUGUGGAAAUUUCCUUGUCAUGAUCUACCUAAUGCUGCACAAGUCUUCUAUGGUGAAUGGUUAAAAGUCACCGAUAUACAUGAAAACAGAGAGGUCUUGCUCUUGGUACAUCAAAUUCUUCACAUGAGGCUGUUAGUGGAGUAUUUGAGGUGGAAGUUCAAAUUGGUCCCCCCUGAAUUGUGGAGUCUGAGAAAUGCUAGCUGGAUUGAUAACAGUUUUAUCUCAGUUGUGUGCUUUAACGGGAACAUGAAUUAUAGAAGCAAUCGGUUCUGCAAAGCUGAGGUCCAUCAUCAACUUGCAACCAUUCUCAUGAGAUUACCAAGUUGGCGCCUAACUACUACAAGUGGACUUUUGAUGAUACGAAAUGGUACUAACACUUUGGGUUGUAACUGGUCGUUCAGAGAACUAGGGCUUGAGACGAUAUUAUGGGAUUCUCAUUCUCAGAGAUGGGAUGCUGUUUAUGUUUAUAUUUACAUAGAGGUGCAUUAUGAAGAUCUUUAUUCGAUUACAAGAAGUGGUGCAAUGGGUACACCUAAAAUCUUCGCGCACAUGUUGGUUACGGAUAAAGCAUCUGAUGUGUUUGUUAUAAUUCAUAUUGGGAUGACUUUGCUGGAUAAGGGCUGGAGGGGAAUCAAGCUUGAGAUUUCUCGCAAAUUGCAAGACAUGACGAAAACCACUAUUUCCUUGGCCAACACAGCCUCAACUGUUUUCAAAAGAAGUGAAAUUAUUUUUAUUCAAGGGAGGUACUUGUGGUACUCACCAACAAGAGGUUCUAGCUGGACAACAUUAUUAGUGACAGAAGGGAGAGUUAAGGAUUUACUUGUGAGGUUUACCACUCGGAUAAUAGAGCAGUUGGAGGAUCAAAAUGUAAAUGCCAACAAACUCACACAACUCGCAACCAAUAAUCAUGGUCAGACUGGAACAGUUCAAGAAAGGGACGCAUAAUUUUUUCUUACUGAAAUGGAUACUUUCAACUUUCUCUUAGUAUUCACACAAAUAGUGAGGGUCUCCGUUGAAGUUUUUGUGCAACUGGUUGAUUUCAAGUGAGGCGCUGUGGAAAUGUUUGAACCUUUCACCUUGCAAAUGCAGUCACUUACACUCAGUCCACACUCGAGCAGUUUCACUUAGUUCUCAUCCUCGAGGACAAGGAUGUUUUCAAGGAGAGUGGAAUGUCACAGUGUGAAAGGUAGGGGCUAUCGUAAUGGAUGCCAGUAAUAGUUAGUUGAGGGUGCCAUAUCAUUUUCUGUUUAGUUAAUUAUGUCAGUUGGAUCUGUGACACGUGUGUCCGAUACGUUGAGGUAGUCUUAAGGUUAAUCUUUAGCUAUAAGGUUGUAAGAAGAGUUCAUCUCUUCAUUAUCUGAAAAUUAAUGAAACUAAAACUCUUUGGCUGCGUUCUGAUGAA